GUAGCAUUCACUGAUUACACUCGUAACGUCAAAUCUUACCGUUUCCUACAAUUUUUCUACGACAACGUUAGACUAACGGACAAAAAUUAAAAGUAGUAAUAAAAAGAAAAUUUAAAAGGAGAAAUAUAAGAAAGCUGUAAAAUGUACAAAGUUGUAACAACACGUCAGCAGUAUGCCAGUUUGUUGGAGCUAAUAAAGGAGAAGCCAGAAAUUGCUCAGGGGUUCUCCAAAUGCUCGAAGGAAGAGGUAGCCGAGUUUUGGCAAAAUGUUGCGAAGCAGCUUAACAGUAUAGGCCCACCAACCAAAGAUGUAUCAAGCUGGAAAAAUGUGUGGUUAGAUUGGAAGGCUUAUAUAAAGCGAAAAUUGUCCGAAAACAUGAGGGAGCAAACAACUACUGGCGGUGCCCGAUAUAAGCAGCACCACUUUAAUGAGAUGGAAGAAGAAGUCAUCAGACUGACCGCUUUAGAGACCAGCACACACGGUAUCCCAGGCACAGUAAGUGUGGGACUACCUGCUACUGUCGAGGCAGAGAAUAGUGGACCCGAUCCGGACGUAUCCAUGCUGUCGGAUAACUGCAGUCCUUCUUUCACGAGACGUCCACCAACUGUCCAAAAGCGAGUCGGUACAAGUACUGCAGAUCUUAUAAAAGAGCAGCUAGCGCUUCAAAAGGACUUCCAAGCAAAGAGUCUGCAGCAUUUUGAACAGCAAGAUAUGAAGCUAGACAAUCUCGCUUCGACUAUGCAGAGAAUGUGUUCGGCACUGGAAAAAAUGUGCGACCUGAAAGCAGCCGACCUGGAAGAAACGCGUAGGCACCAUAGAAACAUGGAGUGCUUGAAUGCGGCCAAAAAUGAAAUAAAACAACAAAUGUUAGAAGUGGAGAAUAAGAGCCCCGAAGCGUUGUCAAAAAAAAAAUAAU